AUGCAGAAUGAGCCUAUGUUUCAGGUCCAAGUCGAUGAGACUGAAGACACAGAAUGGAAUGAUAUUUUAAGAGCCCACGGUGUUAUUCCAGAAAGACCACCCUCUCCAACAGCACAAUUAGAAGAAGCAUUGGAAGAGGCUCUAGCAAAGCAACAUAAUAACAGAUUAGAGGGCAAAGAUUUAUCUGAUCUAGAGGAUUUAGAGGACGAUGAAGAUGAGGAUUUCUUGGAGUUCUACAAGCAAAAACGUUUAAAUGAGAUCAGACAACUACAGCAAAAGGCAAAGUUUGGAUCUGUGUAUCAUAUCAGUAAACCGGAGUAUAACAAAGAGAUCACCGAAUGUAGUAAAGGUGAAAAGAAGUCCCAAUAUGUUGAUGACAACAAAGAUUUGGAGAAGGAAGGCGUUUACGUAUUUGUUCAUUUGACUUGUCAAGCAAAAAUAGAGAGCAGACUUUUAUCAAGCAUAUUUGAAAAAGCUGCGGUGAAAUUUCCUCAGAUGAAGUUUGUUGAGAUACCAGGUAAUAGAGCUAUCGAAAACUACCCUGAUAGUAAUUGUCCAACAUUGAUUGUAUAUUAUAGAGGUGACGUUGUCAAGCAUCUUGUGACUCUUCUUGAACUAGGUGGUAAGGACACUACCCUAAACGAUUUUGAAAAGCUAAUGGUUGACAUUGGUGCUGUUGAUGAAAAAGACGAUAGAUUAAUCAUGAAUUAUGAAGACGAUUUUACUAAGGAGGAAAAACAUUUGAGGUACGGAAAAAGUGGUAUAAGAUCGGGGAUUAUGGGCAAGUUCAAUGUUGGCGUGGGUAGGAACGACGAUAAUGACGACGAUGAUUUCUUUGAUUAG